UUCACAUCCUCGCCCAUCCCCUCGGCCCAAAAGACCGUUUCCAGAAAGCGCAUGACCCACGACCCCUACAUCAUCGCCCAGCGCAACCGCAAGAAAGCCGCCAACCUCUCCCGCCAAUCCGAACUCCUCAAAGAACGCACCGAAAACCUCGGCGACCCCAUCCGCGGCAACCCAACUCCCUUCGUCGAAUCCUUUGAGACCGGAAAACCUCUCUCUCACGCUCCAAACGCCAAGAUCCCGCAAGAUGAAUACCACCUCAACUACGCCCUAAAGCCCGCCGAGGUAGAAGCCUCCCUCGCCACCUCCUCAACCCUCGCCGUCCCCCGAAAAGAGCAGAAAGUAGAACAGCAACCCACAUCCAACCUCGGCGCAUUCUCCUACGAUGAGAAACCCCAGGUGAUCGAAGUAGAGCCCGAAGAUGUCGAGAAGCGACGACAGGAAGACCACGCACGGGCCUCCAUCGCCAUCCAGCGCAUCACCUCGCUCGAGAACGGGUCGUCAAAGGACCGCAUGCGUGUGAAUAUCACACGCUGCGUUAACACGUUCGGGAGACACAACACCGAUCUGCUUCUCCCGCCGCGGGCACCGGGCCUACCGUCUGUAGAUGCGACUUCCCCAGCGCCGAUCCGGCCGCGUACGAAUGCGGAAGCGGCAAAAAAACGGAUUGGGCCUGAUACAGGGUCGUCCGAGGUGCAGAUUGCGAUACUCACGGCGAAAAUCAAGACGCUCGCGGAUUUUAUCGAGACGAGGGGGAAGGGAGACAAACACAACAAGCGGAACCUAAGGUUGCUUGUGCAUAGGCGGCAGAAGUUGUUGCAGUAUUUGAAGAGAAGGGAAAGGGGUGGACCGAGGUGGGAGCACUGUGUUGGGACUUUGGGGUUGACCGAGGGCAUGUGGAAGGGUGAGAUCACUCUCUAGAUGUAGAAGUGUAAAGAUGAGGUGUAGCGAUGUAUAUUUGUGUGUACAAUACCAUUGUCAAACUCAAGACUCCGCAUACAUGGAGAGCAGUUUUCGCUAAAAUGUCGGGAAGUAUAACAGACAGUGUCAUCGUUUUGUCUCCCCACAAACUAGAAUUUUCCUUCGGGGCUAGCACUCAUGCACUCUCCUUUCUAUAUUAAG